AUGGCUGGACGUGGUGGAGGAUCAACAAGGCCUAAUGGGGCCGCAGCAGCAAAUAAAAUCUGCCAGUUUAAACUGGUGCUGCUGGGGGAGUCGGCAGUGGGAAAGUCCAGCUUGGUGCUGCGAUUUGUCAAAGGCCAGUUUCAUGAAUUUCAGGAGAGCACAAUUGGAGGUAAGGGACGGAAGUGGUUCUGGACUGUGAAGGGAUGAAUUUUCUGAAAUGUUGUUUGCAUCCACAAGAAAAGAGAUGCCAAUGUUGAUGAUUUUCUUAUACUAGUCUUGCUCUUACAUUCAUCUAAAUACCUAAAAGAAAUGAUGUUUAAUUAAAACUUAGCAUCAGGACAAGAACAGUUUACAUUUGUGGUUUAAUGUGGUUAUUGCACCAACAAUAAAAAAUAGUCUAGUCCAAUACGUCAACAUAUUCAACCAAUCUUGAUUUUUAUUCUAUUUUAAAAGUGUGUUUCUUUUAUUAUAUUUUAUUUUUCUGACUUUACUCUGGUAUCUCCACUCAGCAGGUCAAACAGCUCUGCACAGGCUUAAUAUACAGCUAUAAAGGAAGCUGCUACUGCAUAUAUGAAAUGACUCUAUCAAUGUGAUUGGCACUAAUAUCUUACUUCUGUUUUCAGCUGCCUUCCUCACUCAGACUGUCUGCCUUGACGACACCACUGUGAAGUUUGAGAUCUGGGACACUGCAGGUCAAGAGCGCUACCACAGUCUGGCACCAAUGUACUACAGAGGCGCUCAGGCUGCCAUCGUGGUCUACGACAUCACCAACACAGUAGGUCCUACCCAUGGAGGAAGGAGCAGGAAUAGAGUCGUAUCAGUCAGAGGCAACACACUGAUUGAGAAAAAGAGGGUUCUAUUUUCGUGCCUCACCGGCGGCGUGGCGCAGGCGUGGUGUAAGUCAGGUCCGCUGCGCUGACGAGGCAUGCCCAAUCACAUUUUGGUAUUUUGGUGAGCGCUGCAGCCUGGCGUAAGUAUCCCCCCUCCUUAACUCAGCUCCUCCCGGCGGCGUAAGUCAUAGAGAGGGAAGGCAUAAGGCGUGGAGUGGGUUUAACACAGCCGAGACCUGUUUUCGCCAUUCACAUCAGCUCCUCUCCUCACCUUUAACCUGAUUCAAACCUGACCAGGUUUUAAUCGGCAAGCUUUUAGCAUUCAUUCCACGCCGCCGGCGAGAACAGAAAUGUCAUUGCACCAGCUGAUUCUGUUGACACCUCCUCCCUACCGCGCCACCACGCCCAGCUAGGCGGACCUCGGUGCGCCUCAGUCUACGAAAAUACCAAACUAGCUGUGAGCGGGCUCUGCCAGAUGAAAAUACCACUGCGCAGGGUGCGCCACUGUGCGCCGUGCCGCCAGCGGGCAUGAAAAUAGAGCCCUCUGUCUUUGUAGCUUUGUUGCUGUUGACAGUAAAGGUGCAUUUAGUGCAGGACUAUGAUGAUUAUCACAGUAAGUUUUGAGUUUUAGAAUGUCUCGUGAAGGUGUUGGUUGUAAUUGAAACCUGAGAAUGCAAGGGUCUUGAUUCAAAAAUGAAAUCCUACCCAAAUUCAACAUGUGGCUGUUCAAAGUGACAGGUGCUAUGGCUAAGACCUUCAUUUACAUUUCAUUUCUGCCAAGCCUGUUCUGCUAAAUGGUGCAAAAUACUGCACACUUUACCUUUUAAACUACAUAAAAGUGUCCCACCAGUGUUGUUUACAGUUGUCAUUGGAAAGUAUGAGUGUGAGCAGUAUUGAUAAUGCUUAUUGUUUGAUCAGGAUACUUUUGCACGGGCUAAGAACUGGGUGAAGGAGCUGCAGAGACAAGCCAGUCCCAACAUAGUGAUUGCACUGGCUGGAAACAAGGCAGACAUUGCAAACAAAAGAGCUGUGGAGCUUCAGGUAUGUAGAUAAAAACUCAUAAAUUCACAUUGCACUGACAGCUAAAUGAUUUCACAUAUUAAAUUUCUUAUCUCAGAUGUACUGCAUGACAAAAUUGUAUGAUAUUGGUCAGUGCAGUAAAUGUUUUUAUAACCCUCGACUUAUGUCUAAAUUUUGUGUUUAGGAGGCACAAACAUACGCUGAUGACAACAGUCUACUCUUCAUGGAGACUUCCGCCAAGACUGCCAUGAAUGUCAAUGAAAUUUUCAUGGCAAUAGGUAAGUUCACUUUCUUUAUAUAGCAUCUGAGUAAGAACUAUGUGAUAUUUUCAUGUUUAUUUUAGUUGAAUGAAAAGUAUUAUGAGUAAACUUCAAGUGUGAAAGAAAUAAAAAGAUAUUAGUACAAAACAAAAAAGUAUUUGAACAUAACAUUUGGCCAGUCACUUAAAAUCUGCCAUCCCUUAUUUUCUUUCACUCUUACCCUCUAAAGUCCAAAGUGAUGUUUUAAUAGUGGGAAGCUCAUAUCAUGGAUUGUAUUCCUAUAAUUAAGUAGGCAUGUUGACAAAGCAUGAAUGUUGCAGUUUCAUUCAAACUGGUAAUCUUGCCCCUGUAGCGAAAAAGCUGCCGAAGAACGAUGCUCAGGGUGGGGCUGGACCAGGCGGACGGACCAGGACCGGGGUGGAUCUACAGGAAGCAGCUCCCCAGGGCCGCAGCUCGUGCUGCAGCUCAGGCAAUUAG